GUUUGAAAAAAAGAAAGAAAAAAAGGAAAAAGUGAAACUAUCGAGUCCGUGUCGCAGUGAACGCAGUGAACGGUUCUCGUGUGUUUUGUUGGUUCAAUCGAUGGUUGUGAUCGUUAAUCAGAGGAGUCCGUCAACAUGCAGCUGCUUCCUCUGAGUCUCUGUCUCCUGACUUUGACUGGAUCAACGUUUUCUGACGGAAACGUUCCAGAGAUCAUCAGAGCGACAGAAGGCGAUAAUGCGACUCUGACCUGUUACAUCAACAAGAACAUUGAGUCUGAGCGGUUUGAGUGGAAGAAAGAUGGAAAGAAGGACGUUUACCUGUAUGAAGGGGGUCUGUUACCAGGUCAAGAUGAGCAGUUCAGAGGUCGUGUGUCUCAUUUUGAUCAUGAACUGAAGAACGGUGACGCCUCCAUAACCAUCAGUGAUACUAAAGUGUCUGACAGUGGAGUCUACACCUGUGAUUUACCAAAUCUUCACCAAACCUUCACCGUUCGUCUUGUUGUUGAUCCUGUGAUUGUCAGAGUGAAAGAAGGCAGAGAUGCGAGUCUGCCCUGUAAAAUCAACAAGGACAUUUGGAUAGAGCAGUUUUACUGGAUGAAAGAUAGAAAGAAGGACGUUUACCUGUAUUAUGAAGGUCUGGUACUACGUCAAGAUGAGCAGUUCAGAGGUCGUGUGUCUUAUUUUAAUCAUCUAUUGAGGAACGGUAACGCCUCCAUAAGCAUCAGUGAUACUAAACUGUCUGACAGUGGAUUCUACACCUGUGAUUUAACAAAUCUUCACCAAACCUUCACCGUUCGUCUUCUGGUUGUUGGUGAAUUAAAGGACAGAAGCUGUGAAUUACAGGGUAGAGCUGCAAAGGUUUCCACCCUAAGACCUGAACAAACUGAGGACAAGGUCCUGCUGGAGUGUAAGGUUUCAGAUGUUUUCUCCAGGAUUUAAACUGAACAUCUCCUGGUUCGACAGCUCUGGAAACAAAAUUAUUGAACAAAUAAGAGACACAGAAAGUGAAAAACUCCAUACCCUCCAAACUACUGUGACAAAGAGCGACACUUAUCGCUGUGUAGCAACAAUGGAGGAACUCAGUCACCAGGUUUAUUCUGAGACCUAUGUCCACAUCCCUGGGUCAAACAUCCCAUUGAUCAGUGUGUCGGUUGUUGUCCCAGUUUUGAUUCUUAUAAUUAUAGCUGGGGCUCUAUAUAUACAUAAACUCCGCGAGGAAACCAAAAUAGGAAACAUGAAUUUCUCUCUCCGAAAAGAUGUGAGUGCACGUUAAUGAUAAGAAUGGAUAAUGAAAACAUCUAGAAAGAGGCAGGAUGCGGUUCUUUCCUCAGAUUUCAAAGCUUCAUCGACCCUCAACAAUCCACUGUCUUUGUUUUUAAAAGUGAACAUUUUUCCCUGGAGGCUAUUUUGUUCACCCUCGUUGUCAUGACAACCACAGCUUCUAUCACUUUUGUAGGUGCGUCAUGUGGACAUUGAUCAUUUUCUCUUGGAGCUUUGUUGGAUCAUUUUUGUUGUCUGAACAAUGUUUCAGGCCUAAUAAUUAUUAAAUCGGCAGCUUAGUUUUUGUCACACAAUAAAAUGUAAAACUAAACAGUAAAGAACAGAUGAGCUGCUGAUGUCAGAGCGACGCUGAGGAGAGUCUCCACAGCGACGCCCUGAUAACAGAUCAACUGCUCUGAGUCCUGACGCGUUUCUUCCACUGACAUUAAACACUCAGACCUGCUGCCUCUGAGUGGAGGCUGUGGAGCCUCUGACUGGAUGGAUGUGAGCAGGGAAACAUCAGACUAAACGCUCCACAGACUCUUCUCUGGAACAAACGGGUCAGAACCUGCUGGUUCUGGAGCUGCUGCUCCAGGUCAUCAGGUUGUUGAACUAGUGAAUGUGUCUCACCCUGCAGCUGUAAUAACACAACAUGAUCCAUAGAGUCACAGUCAAGUCAUUUAGAGAUCGGCUGCAGACUUCAGUGUAAUCGUCCUGUUUCCUCAUCACCUUCUGCUGAACUUCAUCCACAAGAUCCUGUAGGACAACGAUCAGCUUCUGAACCUGGAGGCAGAAAAACCCAAAACAAUGAAGCUGCAGCAAAGAAAUAAAGCAUGAAUUUAAUCUGUUAGAAGUUUGCGUUGGUUCAGAUCAGAUCAAACUUCUUUAUGUGAAAAUUAAAGAUGCAAAUAGGUAAUUGCGUUUCUUAGUAAAAUGCUUUAGCCCAACUGUGAUGCAUAUCUUCCAGUGUAUCCUCAUUAACCAGUACAUUCUUGUAUCAUAUUCCGACUUGUUUUGUUUCAGUAACAUUCCCUUAUUUAGUUAUUCUGGUUAUUUCUUUUUGGUUCAUAAUAACAGACGUAUUUACUGUUUAUUGUGUGACUAGUUUUACUCCUUUAACUAAUUUGCUGCAGCAGAAAUGAUUUAGUUGAGUGUGAAGUUAAACAUUUACUACAGCACCUGUUUUUUUAUUAUAUUGAUGCAUUUAUGCUACUUUAUACACAUGCUUCUUUACUUUGACAUCAGCUUAGAUUAACCAUCAUACAGUAUUAAAAAACAAGGUCUGUGUUUAAAUAAAUAAUUAAAUCUCAAAUAACUUGUUGAUGUUUUUGCUUUUUCAUAAAAUAAACUAAACUUGUUUGAUCAUUUCAAACCUGAGUUUUCCUGCCCGUCGUACUGGUUCUUACCUGCAGCGUUGUGACCUGCACUGACUGUAAACAGCCGCUAGAGGGCGACACAUACUCAUGACUAAAACACGGGAUGCUUCAUGUUACUGGGAAAUAAAACACU